UGAGCGGUCGCGCUGUAUUUCCAGAUCAGGCCUCCGUCGGAGCCACAUUUCUGUCGUUGCAGUCUGCAGCCUCAGUGUUUCUUUAUGGGAGGAGCGGUGCGACUUCCCCACUUCUGCCCCCACGAUGUACUUUUUUACAUCCCUGCUUACGUUUGGCUGGCAUAGCCUAAGUUCCGCAUUCCUAAAUCCUCCCAGAUUGGGAUCACGUUUAAAAUCGGGCUGAUGCAACGAUUCCCACUUUUUAAAAUCUACUCUCGACCCUCGGCUGACCAGAAGAAAGGACAUUUGUUGCACCUGGGAUCAAAGUCAGCUGUGGUCACGACCGAGUCUGACACGAUGCCAGGACAAAUCCCAGAUCCCUCUGUGACAGCAGGCUCCCUGCCCAGCCUGGGCCCGCUGGCUGGGAUCUCAGCCACCACGCUGACUGACAAGCUCAAAUUUGGUGACUUUCAGGAGUUCGGUACGAUGCUGUCGCCUCUGCACUUCCUGGACAGUCUGGGGAAGAGGCCCCUAGUGAUCAAAACAGAGAGAGAUGAGGAGGAAGAGAGGAGGAAACGAAGGCGAGAGAAAAACAAAGUGGCUGCGGCUCGAUGUCGAAACAAAAAGAAAGAGAGGACAGAUUAUCUACAAAAGGAAUCAGAGAGACUAGAGAUGUUGAACUCUGACCUCAAAGCCCAGAUUGAGGAGCUGAAGCUUGAACGGCAGCAGCUGAUCCUCUUGCUCAACCGCCACCGGCCCACGUGUAUUGUCAGGACAGAUAGUGUGAAAACCCCGGAGGGUGAGGCGAACCCCCUGCUGCAGCAGCUCGAGGCCAAGUGAAGAUUCGACAUCUUUUCUAGAGUUUACAGUUGAGAAGAAGCACCCGACUAGCAGCACUUAGCUUUGGGCCCUGGUCGUGGAGGAGAACCAGCAGCCAAAUCCUCCUGUCUUAGGUCUCAGAGCAUCAUGCCACAAACUAUGGAUCCAAUGCGAUUGGACUGUUCAAACUGGUCUUUGUUGCUCUCUCUUGUUUAGUCAUUCAUUUGCCAUCUAAACUUAGCUUGAGCCAUUAGCCAGCAUGGCAUCUUUAACAUAUUUUCAGCAGCUGAAAUGGAUUUUGGUUGGGAAGAUAAUAACUUUCCAUUAUGAAAAAAGCAUUGGUGGUUAAAGGAGCACCAUGUAGUUUUGGAGAAGGCAUUCAGACUCCGAAUUUUGAUACUUAUAAUCUAAAGGAGGUAAUAAAACAAACUUAGACAUAUAUUUUUUCAAUAAGUGGAUGAACAAGCUGUUCUCAGAUGAAAAUAAGAUCCUAGAACACUUUGUGUUUGUGUGUUUAAGGUCAGUUUGUUUAUUUAGUUUGUUUAGGCAUAAAAAAACAGUCAGUGAAGAACUUUGUCUUCUGAUUAAAACCCUAAAAUUACAUAUUGCACCUUUAAAUGUCAGCUAAUUUCAGGAAUGCAUUUGGUGAGAAAAAUAUUUUGAUUUAAACAGUCAGUCACCUGCAUUUCACUGACAAGUUUUAUGUGGUGAUAAGGCCACAAAUAGAGCUCUUGUUUUUAAGGAGAGGUUGCAAUACUCCUCAGCUCUUGUGCCCAAAAAUAGCAUGUAUUGUGUUAAUUGCUGAAAAUGCAUUCUGGGAAUUGUAGGAAUUCUCACUGAACUACAACUAGAAGAUGGGAGCAAUCGGGAGCCACUAUGUUGGCCUAAUAGACACAUUUCAUAAAGUAUCAGAUCAAAUAUCUACUGGAAUGCAGUAAGCAGCACAUACUGACAGUGGUAUGUGGUGCUAUGAAGAACGUAUACACACACACACACGCAAACAGUCAGAGGCCAUUUUACUACAUCAUAACCUUCAUGAUUUUUGGGUUAUCUCUGUUCCUCCACACAGUUUGUGGCAGAUCGACUGAUCUUUUUUUUUAAAAAUUUGUCUUUAUUGCUAUGUUUUGGCGCAGGCGUCAUGUAUGCACAUAUAUAUAUGGACUGUUUACAUUGUACUUUAUUUUCUGUUACCAUGUUACUACCAAUUAUGUUUUUUUAUAUAUAUACUUUUGUAUAUGAUGUUAUAUAAGCAUAUAAGCUAUCACAAAAUCCCAUUUUGUAUUUCCAUAAGAAAUAAAUGUUUAGUUUCUUUUUUUUUCUGGAA